AUGGGGUCAAGCACUGUAGAGGAAGAUGAUUGGGAGACCGCCGAGAUUUCCCUUCCUUCCGGCUCAUCAUCUUCUAAAACCGCGCCUGUUCCUUCUUUGAGACCCCAAGCCCAGACAUUUCAACCUCGUCCUUCCCAGCCAAACCCACCACAACGUCAACAACCACAACCACAAGCGAGUUCUUCUCGCCCACAGCAGCCUGUCUUAUUACAACGCCGUCCUACACCCCAACAACAGCAGCAACAGCAGCAGCAAGAUAAUGACGAAGGAGAUGAUUGGUUUAGAGGUAAUAGACCGAUGAGUAACAGACAGAUAUGGGAUAGUGCGAACUCCCGUCCUGCGCCCACUCAAAUAAUCUCACCUCUCCCUCUCCCUACACCAAAAGUCCAACUUCUCCGACGUCCAGCCUCGUCCUCUCCGUCAAAUAACGAUAGUGCCAAUAAAGGUGGGAAUGGGAAGAUGAAGAGCUUGGAAGAGAGGGAAGAACAAUAUCGUUUAGCUAGAGAAAGGAUCUUUGGUCCUGGAUCUGGAUCUGGAUCGGGCACCAGUGCCGAUGUGGAUGAACAGGAAGGAAAGAUUAGUAGAGGAAAUAGUAAAAGUGGAAGCGGAAGUGGAAGUAAGAGAGGUAGUCCAAUACCGAACAAAGACAGAGAUCCAUGGGAUGGAUUGAUACCUUCUCAAAUUCGAUCAGGAUCGAAUACGCCUAAUCCCAAUGGAACAAGAACUCCGAAUGAUAGACAGAGACAAACGCAAAGUCCAAAAGCAUCUGAUCCAAGAGGAGGGGGUGUGGUAAGACAACCGAUUGGGCCCGGUGAUGGAGUAGGAUUUGGAGGAGGGAGAUAA